AUGCCCAACCAGUAUAAACCCACACCCCCCUUAGAUGAGCUCACGCCUCACAUUCUGCGCUAUUGGAAGACACGUCUCAAUGAUAAAGAGAUUGUUCAUGCUUUACAGAAACAUUUCGACACAGAACGCUAUGGUAUCGGACUCACAAAGUUUCGCCAAAUUUGUGUGGAUAUGGGCCUUGAACGCUCGCGUUGGCAAGGUCACACUGUAGAGACCAUCCACGAAGCUGUCACGGAACUUCGUCAGAUGUUCCCUCAUGCUGGAACACGAGAGAUGAUCGGUUUACUCUUUCAUGAAAAGAAUAUGAGUGUAGCUAAGUCAGUCAUGAUGUCUUACUUCGCUGCCUAUGAGCCCGAACUAGUGCAGCAAUGUAAAGCCAGACGACUGAAACGGAAGUGCUUCUGGGCAGCCGGCGUUAACGAUCUCUUUACUGUUGACCAGCAUGAUAAAUGGUUGAGGUUUGGGCUCGGUCUUCACACUGGAAUUGAGCCGUUUUCAGGGCGGAUCAUGUGGAUUCGAGUUUGGCACUCUAACCGAAACCCACAGUUAAUCCUCAGCUACUACCUUGAUACGAUUGCUGAAUACAUGCCGCUGAUCACUCAAAGCGAUCUAGGCACCAAAAACUAUGGCAUUGCAAAUGCACAGACUCUUCUUCACCAGCGUUACGACCCAGCCCUCCAAGGUACCCUGCAACAUUGUUGGAUGCGUACGAAGAAAAAUGUAAUGCCGGAGAUUACUUGGUCGCAGCUCCGGUGUAGGUUCACUCCCGGUUUCGAGACCUUGCUGGAUGAAGGGGUCAUUGAAGGCUGGUAUGAUUUAGGGAAUACCCUUCACAUGAUGGUAUUUCGUUGGGUUUUUAUACCCUGGUUGCAGCAGGAGCUUGAUGCUUAUAGAGAUCGAGUGAACAAUAGCGCCAAAAGGCGCGACCGCAACAAGGUACUCCCACACGGUGUCCCAAAUCUUAUAUAUGAUUCUCCUGAAGAUUUCGGAGCAUUGGACUUUAAGGUUUCUAUAGAUCACGAGGGCAUCGACUAUGUUCGCAAUUUCUACAUUAACACUUCCCAUCCAGUAUUCAAUAUUGUCCCACCUACGCUGGGCGACUUUAUCGAGCAUUGCUAUGACGCAAUGGGACGUCCUGCAGUCACUCGGUCGUCAGUUUGGACUGUAUACAGGAACCUCCUGUCUGCUGUACAGCUUGCAGAGAACCCGCAUCCAAACUCACUACUGACAGAAAACGAAGAUGUUGCCGCCGAUGCAUUGCCAUUGAUAGGUGGCCAUGGCGAUUUACCUUUUAACGAGGAACUGGACGGCAUGUACUACAUGGGUGGUGUGCGCGGAGGAUUGGGCCUAGGUAGCGCAAAUAUCCUUUAA